CAACAAUCCAUAUCAUAUUCAUAGAUCCCUCUCUGCCCAACUGACUUUUUAUAAUCAUGGUUCAAUCUUCAGAACAGAACACACAGCCUACAUCCACCAUCGUCCAGAUCUCAAGUAUAUCCAAGGAGGCUAGCAGUUUAGACCUCCAAGGAACGGCUUCAGUCGAACAGUCAAGCUUUGAAAAGCUUCAUGAAAAGAUGCGGCCAUUACUCCUUUAUGUUGUCUCAACAGCCCAAUUCAUCGAUGUCGUCAAUGGGGCGUCAGUAGCAGUCGCUAUUCUUCCCAUUGCCGACAGUCUAGAUUUUAGUAUUCCACAAUUGCCCUGGAUCCUGAACGCAUAUACAAUCGCAUUCGCGGGCCUCCUUAUCCUCGCAGGUCGCCUUGGUGACCUAUUUGGUCAUCGUCGGAUGUUCCUUUUUGGCCUUACUUGGUUUGGGAUUUGGGCACUUGUGGUCUCCUUCUCAACGAACCCCAUCAUGUUUGUCAUCGCUCGCGCACUCCAGGGCAUUGGUGCCGCCUGCACUGUACCCACUGCCAUGGCUCUAAUCGCCAUCAAUUACCCUGUCGGUCCUCAGCGCACAAAAGCAUUCUCGAUCUUUGCGGCUUUUGGAGGUAUGGGCGCAGUAGUUGGUCUUCUUUUAGCCGGGGGGUUGAUCGCCAGUAUCGGUUGGGAAUGGAUCUUCAGGGUCUCUUCUAUUGCUGCUUUCCUUUUGCUAGCUCUCGGGUUCUUGGCUAUCCCAGUAGCACCCCUCAAGUCUGAGAAACCCAAGAUUGACUAUCUUGGCGCCACAACCGCAACAGUCGGAGUCACUGGCAUUGUUUAUUAUAUUACCACAGGUGUAGAAGAGGGUUGGGCAAGUGCAAAGACACUCCCAGUCUUCAUUAUAGGUAUACUUCUCAUCGGUGCAUUCAUCUUUAUCGAAUCCAAGGUUGAGUCGCCGCUGAUGCCUCUCCGGGUCUGGAAAACUAGAGUCUUUGCUGCCUCUGUUGUGCUUGCGUUUAUCCAGAUGGCUAUGUUCCAAGGUGUCAUUUACUAUGCCAAUUUGGUCUUUCAAGAGGUUUACGGUUGGUCUCCUAUUAAAACCGCUGUCGGCUUCUUGGUACACUCGCUUCUCGCCAUUGUCGUGUUUUCAAUCCUUGGAAGGACACUUCCCCGCCUACCAUUGAAGCCCAUUAUCAUCUUUGGAUUUUUGCUCCGCUGCAUUACGGCCCUCUUGUACACGUUCGUGGACGAGAAUACCUCCUACUGGCGACUUAUCUUCCCAGCAUUGAUUAUCCAUAUCUUUGGAACAGGAUUCUCAAUGCUCCCGCUUCAAGUCACAGCCGCGCGGGACGCUGAUAACAAGGACCAAGGCCUAGUGGGAGCUAUCUAUAACACAGGGCUCCAACUCGGUGCUCCUUUUGGCCUCGCUAUUUUGAACGUUAUAUCUAUUUCAACUAACGGCGAUAACAAUGGUGCUGUGCGUGGUGGGCCUGUUUUGAUGAAAGGUUACCGGAACUCGUUCUACGGUAUCACUGCUUUGGGCUUGUUCGGAGCGUUGCUCACUUUAAUUAUCCUUCCAUGGGACAGGCCUAAUCGACCUGCGAAGAAGGCUACCGAUGCUGCAACGGAAAGUAAGCUGGAGGAAGGUAGAAGCCAAGAAACAGGAAGCCCAAUGAAGCUGGACAUUGCUCCAACCAUUGAGGAGUUAGUAUCGGACUCUUCUAAAGUUGACAGUGAGGUCAGUACCAUCACAUCUGUCAAAGAUACACCAUUCAAGGCCUAG